UGUGCAGGCGAGCCCCUGUACAUGCUGUUCCGUGCCAUUAAGCAGCAGGUUGAGAAGGGUCCAGUGGACACUGUCACAGGCGAGGCCAGAUACUCGCUUAGUGAGGAAAAGCUUAUUAGACAGCAGAUAGAGUAUAAAAUACUGACUGUGAACGUGGUUGGUGUGGACGACAGCCAGCCCAUCCCUGUGAAGGUGUUGGACUGUGACACCAUCACACAAGUCAAGGAGAAACUUCUCGAUGCCAUCUACAGAAGCACGCCCUUCUCCUACAGGCCACACAAGGAUGACGUGGACCUAGGUCUUUUCCAUGGGAUAAGCCCCUUGCAUGGACCUGCCUCUGUGAUAAAGUGGAGACAAGGCCGACUGGGCAGACUGACCCUUCAGGACGAUGACCUGACCUCCAAGCCUGAGGGCGAGUGGAAGAGAAUUAACACCUUGUCUCACUAUCAGCUGCUGACUGUAUGAAUGUGAGUAGUCCAGGACUGAGCAGGUUCCCCGGCAGCCCUGCCAGCAGGUCCACCUCCCCCAUCAUCACUCCUGAUCACCUGGAGAACGGCAUCAAGCUGUGGCACCUGGUGAAGCAUCAUGACCAGGACAUGCAGCGAGAGGGAGACAGAGGCAGUAAGAUGGUGUCAGAGAUCUAUCUCACCAGGCUCCUGGCUACCAAGGGCACGCUGCAGAAGUUUGUAGAUGACCUGUUUGAGACGAUAUUCAGCACGGCGCACCGCGGAAGCACGCUGCCUCUCGCCAUCAAGUACCUGUUUGACUUCCUAGACGAGCAGGCGGAGAGACACGCCAUCACCGACCCCAGCGUCAUUCACACAUGGAAGAGCAACAGCCUGCCACUUAGAUUUUGGAUAAACCUGAUCAAGAACCCCAACUUCGUGUUUGACAUCUACAAGUCCAACACGGUGGAUGCCUGCCUGUCAGUCAUCGCACAGACCUUCAUGGACUCCUGCUCCAUCUCCGACCACCGGCUGGGCAAGGACUCCCCCUCCAGCAAGCUGCUGUACGCCAAGGACAUUCCACAGUACAAGAACUGGGUCAACAGGUACUACCAGGACAUCCAGGCCAUCCCACCAAUCAGUGACCAGGACAUGAACGCUGUGCUGGCCGAAGAGUCACGCUUGCACUACAACGAGUACAACACCAUCAGUGCCUUGCACGAGCUCUACAGCUAUGCCAACAAGUACAGUGAGGAGCUGCUGAGUCUACUGGAGAUGGACGACACAGCCAGGAAGUUCAAGUUAGCCUACAAGCUGGAGCAGGUAGCGUCCACCAUGGCAGGGGAGGUCUGACACCAGAACCACCACACCCAUCUUUCACACUCCAAAAUACACUUGUACAAAGCUGCAUGUAGAUCCAGGGUUUGAGCAAGCUUGAUGUGUAAACUUACUUGUGAGAGCUGGCAUCUGGCAUUCUGUUGGUACAGAGUGUCAUUCUGUUGAACUAGGAAAAUGAUAUAUUUGCUUGACAGAACCAAGGAGCUUUAAAAGCUCCUUGACAGAACAAACCUUUCUGAUCCGCCACUACAAUUACAAGACAAGGACAUGCGUUAUUGAUAUAUUAGCCAUGCACAUGAUAUGAUUUCAAUGCCAUAGACCUAUCAAGAGUGCUAUUGAAAAAUAUCAAGAUUUAAGUGCUGUUCACAGUAUGUUGCAAGGUAUUUUUGUUUUUUGAAUACCCAAUUUUAAGUCUUGAUAAGUAUAUACAUAUUUGUAUAUAUUACAAGUAUAUAUUACAAAUCUUGUUUUUCUCAGAUAUGUGGAUAAUUAUUUGACUGGUUGUACUUAAUUUUGCAUAAAAGGAGUGUAACAAUGUACCACUGAAAAUGUCUACAAUGUAUGUGUGCUUUCCUUUCACUGCAGGCAAAGGGAACUGUGUAAACAUGUGCAUGUAUUACUGACUCACCUGGAACCACUAAAUAUUUGUUCAUCAGAUCUUGUUGAACUUAGACCUCCAAAAGGGAAUGUCAGAUCCUUUUGAGUGCAGUAUAACUUGUUUGUAUAAAGCAAACUGUACCAAUAUACAUGUACCCAGUCUGUUUAACACGAACUUACCCAGUCGUUCAUUGGGAAUUAAUCAGGCUUCAACAUACCUAUUCUCCUCAGAUAUUUUCACAACACUGUGUUAAGAUGUCUUGAUGUGUUUUUGUGUAAAAUAGAAUCUUGAACUGCCCUUCAAACUGUACUUAUUAACAUGGCAAAGGGUAGACGAUCCUUCAGGUUAAGGCAAUAGUAAACUUGUAUACAAUCAGCCACAGGUGUUAACAUUAUCAUCAAUACAGGGGGAUACGCCAGACAGUGAGUGUGAUAAGUGUCUGAAUGAUGAAGAUAAUGUUUUGAUGUGAAGAUAAACUUCAUAAAGGGCAGAGUAAAGACAUGCCAGUUUUGUGUUGCGUUGCAACGCAAGUUACUGAAUUUGGUGCCAUCCAGCAGCGUAUAACUAGUGGGUGUUGUAUGUAAGGUGAUGUAAGAUUAAAAUGAAAUGUAUCAAAGACUUGUUUGUGAUUUCCAGUCCUUUGGACCUUUCAGAACAUACAGUAGAAAUAUGUGUAGUAAUUAAAAGGUUCAAUGGCUAAUUCUGUUGUACCUGCAGAUGAGUUAACACGUUGCUUGAACUGACAGUGUUGAUAGUAUUGCUUAUGCUUCUUGAAAUGUAUAUGAGAGCCUGUACAGUGCUGUCAAAUGUAGCAGCAUUUGAUAAUGACUAGUCAAACUGCUAUAAUUAUGCCAGGUUUUAUCCAGGAAAAAACUAUCAUGAGAAGUAAGUGGGCUUCAGGUUCAAUUGACAUGUCUCUGAGGCUGUACGUAUACGUAAAGGUAACUUCACUAUCAAAGCAGAUGACUAUUUUUGUAAAUGAAGAAAAUUGAAUGUAAUGUAGAGGAAGAUGAGUGUUCAUGAUAAAGAAUAUGUUAGUGUAGUGUAGGUUAACAUUGGAUAAUGUUGGAGUAUUUAUCACUGUUUUUUUCUGACACUGGUUUAGCUAGCAAAUGUGUUGAAAGCUGUUUGUAAGAUAAGAGCUUGGUUCUGUUUGGUGUUUGUAAGGUGUGUAUAUGUAUACAAAUGUGUCACUGCCAGCCUGUAGACAUAUAUGGUGGACAGCUUGCUAGUGAAACCUUUGCAAUUAAUUCUAUUAUUGAUAAUGCUUGAAGGAACAUGCCAAUUUUUUUGUAAAGCUGGAAACUAUGGCAUCAUUUCCUCUUGCAGCUUGUUGAUGUUUUAUCAAUUGUUUGUAAAUAUUUGAAGGUAACAAAUUGAGGACAUAUGUAGGAAUCUUAUUAAAUAUGUGUAGUUAAUUUUGACAUCUGUCAAAAAGCCAUCCUUAAGUCUGACAGGAAUAAUUGAAGUUUUUGUUCAUGCCUUUUUGUUAGCCAAAUCAUAUGUAGAGUAAACAAUCAUUGGAGUCUACUAUUUAUCAUAGCCUGGAAGUUGCUGUAUGUUAGUGAUGUCUCAUGUCUUCCUGAUUCCUGUGAAAAUCAUGCAAAGAAAAUAGAUUCAUUCAGUCUUCUGUAAGAUUGUUUAUUGUAAAAAAAAUAUUGAUUUUUUUUCACAAACUGUACAUGUAGGAUCUCACUUAGUCUAUGACAGCCACACUGUAUCUGACAUUGAACUUUUGGCUAUUCUCAGUAUCCUGUUUCGUGGCAGAAUGUUUACUUGCUGGGAACAUAAGACAUUGUUCUCUACUGUAGGAGCUAAAAAGCUACCCACAAAUAGAUGUUUGAAGUAGAUUACUUGGCACACAAACACAUAACGUUACAGGUCUACGGUCAAGGAAAAAUCCUGUGUUUCCAAUUACAGACCUAGACAAUUAGCGUCCGUAUGUAGGUAUUCUCUUCUUUUUUCAGGUUUCAGCCAAAAUGAUCCAAUAAAUACUACAUAUGAAUGAAAUGCGUCAAAACACAGUAAAUACUACGUAAAAAUGAAAUGUGGUAAAACAAAAACACAGGUAUUUUCGACAUCAUAUAACACAGAUAGCACAGACAACAUAAAAAUACAGAUAUAGAUUGUACAAACACAAGUAUGAUGAUAUGAACAAAAAGGAACAACCUUUACUACACAUUCUUAUAUCAACAGUUGAAAUUCAUCAUUCAGACAUAAGAUUGGAAAUUGUAUGUCCCUUGCAGUGGUCAACAAAAAAAGCUAGGAUUUUGGUAAUUGGUUAACCUGGUUUUUGGUAAUUCGAAGCACAACUUUUUUCCUAUGACCAAUCAUUAUCAUGAUGGAACUGAAAAUCUCUGCUAGCUUUAAAUUUCUCUCAUCAACAGAAAGAGACCUAACUCAUGAAUAUUGCGAUACAUGUGAGCCUGGUCUUCCUUUGAAUUUAGGAUUAAAGAAUUAAAAGGAGAAAAUAAGAUACUUGGAAUGUAGUUAUGAUUUAUAUGAUAUGGAUCAUGUAUUGUUGUACAAGUUGUUAAAUAGGUAUUUAUACAGGGGAAAGGAUUUUGAAGCAGACACAGCUAACUAGAAUGGCAUCCAGGCCAAGCAAAACAAGUUAAUGGCAUCAUUUAAGGCACUGCUGGGACUGGAAGUACAGAUGUAGGUAGGGAUGUAGAUUCAACAGUGAGAUGUAGGUAACUGCUGUAAAUAGGAUGGACCUUAUUGGCUGGUAGAGUGGAACAUGAUGUAGUAUCUGGUCGCUGUCGGUCCUGCACUUUCUACUAAUGACAUGUUUUACUGCAAGAGAGCUGGAUGCAAUAUGUUGAUGUGUAUUUUUGGUAUAUUUGAUAAUGGUAAUAAAAUGAACUGUUUGCAUUCCA